GGUUGGUGAGCAUCAUGGCAACCGUGACGGCCACAACCAAGGUCCCAGAGAUCCGAGAUGUGACGAGGAUUGAGCGUAUCGGCGCACACUCCCACAUCCGGGGGCUGGGGCUGGACGAUGCCUUGGAGCCACGGCAGGCUUCCCAGGGCAUGGUGGGGCAGCUGGCAGCCCGACGGGCAGCUGGUGUUGUGCUGGAGAUGAUCCGGGAAGGGAAGAUCGCGGGGCGGGCGGUGCUCAUCGCUGGCCAGCCGGGCACCGGGAAGACGGCCAUCGCCAUGGGCAUGGCACAGGCCCUGGGCCCUGACACCCCGUUCACAGCCAUCGCGGGCAGUGAGAUCUUCUCGCUGGAGAUGAGCAAGACAGAGGCGCUGACACAGGCCUUCCGGCGGUCUAUUGGCGUUCGCAUCAAGGAGGAGACUGAGAUCAUUGAAGGGGAGGUGGUGGAGAUCCAGAUUGACCGGCCAGCGACGGGCACGGGCUCUAAGGUAGGCAAGCUGACCCUCAAGACCACAGAGAUGGAGACCAUAUACGACCUUGGCACCAAGAUGAUUGAAUCCCUGACCAAGGACAAAGUCCAGGCCGGGGAUGUGAUCACCAUUGACAAGGCCACGGGCAAGAUCUCCAAGCUGGGUCGCUCCUUCACACGUGCUCGAGACUAUGAUGCCAUGGGCUCUCAGACCAAGUUCGUGCAGUGUCCAGAUGGAGAGCUCCAGAAACGCAAGGAGGUGGUCCACACCGUGUCCCUGCAUGAGAUUGAUGUCAUCAAUUCCCGCACACAGGGCUUCCUGGCUCUCUUCUCAGGCGACACAGGGGAGAUCAAGUCAGAAGUGCGAGAGCAGAUCAAUGCCAAGGUGGCUGAAUGGCGUGAGGAGGGCAAGGCAGAGAUCAUCCCUGGGGUGCUGUUUAUCGACGAGGUCCACAUGCUGGACAUUGAAAGCUUCUCCUUCCUCAAUCGGGCCCUGGAGAGUGACAUGGCGCCAGUCCUCAUCAUGGCCACCAACCGUGGCAUCACCCGGAUCCGGGGUACCAGCUACCAGAGCCCCCAUGGCAUCCCCAUCGACCUGCUGGACCGACUGCUCAUCGUCUCCACCUCUCCCUACAGUGAGAAGGACACAAAACAGAUCCUCCGCAUCCGGUGUGAGGAGGAGGACGUAGAAAUGAGUGAGGAUGCCUACACGGUGCUGACACGCAUUGGGUUGGAGACCUCGCUGCGCUACGCCAUCCAGCUCAUCACGGCUGCCAGCCUAGUGUGCCGGAAACGCAAGGGCACGGAAGUGCAGGUGGAUGACAUCAAACGGGUCUACUCGCUCUUUCUGGACGAGUCGCGCUCCACGCAGUACAUGAAGGAGUACCAGGAUGCCUUUCUUUUCAAUGAGCUCAAAGGUGAAACCAUGGACACCUCCUGAGCUGUCACCCUCUCCCCACCCCACCCCACCCUGUUUUCUACUAGAGUUCUGACACUGUAACUUUGUAUAAAAUGGUUCUGAAACUGGACCCAUUCUC